AUUUACUUUUCUAUUUGUAAUGCCUAUGAGGCUAUUUAUAAGUAUAACUACAACUUUUGACCCAUUGCAAAGCGCAAGCCAAGGGUUUAAUAAAAAGUUUGACUAAACUAUCUUUCAAUUAUUUCUGAUUUUAGGAUUACAAUCUUUAAUCUAAUCUAAUGGCUGGUAGAAUAGUCAGUGAUAGAGUUAAUACCUAAUCCCAUGCCCAUCGUUUGAUGGCUUCCGCACUAUUUAUAUUCUUGUAUAUUUGAUUGCUAAGAAAACCCUAAUCCACUGUAAAUUUUUUUCAGCUCCGUCCGCCCCUCCUGCUCUCUCUAGCUCGCCCUCUCCAACAUGGCGGAGAAAGAUGAGCAACAACGCGAUUGGACGCAUCUCCCCGGCGAGCUUCUCGACACGAUCAUGCGCCGGAUGACCAAACUACGGGACAUCGUCCGCUUCCAAGCCGUUUGCAAGCCGUGGAGGCUGGCCGUACUGGAUCAAGAACAAAACCCACCCAAAUUCCUCCAAUCCCUGCCGUGGCAGAUGCAUUCGUGCAAAUACUUCCCCACGUCGGCCGGCAAUUCAUGCUCCGGCAGCGAUGGCUGCCACCGGUUCCUAGACGUGGUGGAAAACGACAAUUGCAUCCUCCACGUCGAUUUAGGCACGAAAAAACACUGCAACGGCUCGGCCUAUGGAUGGCUGAUCAUGCAAGAGCAAUAUUGCAGGCCUCUCGUUCUCUACUUGUUGAACCCUCUGACGGGCAACAAGAUCACUCUGGCGAAUAAAAUUGCUGGGCGGGAGCGGGAGCGGGGCGAUCAGUACCUCGACUGCGUUAGUGGAAACAAUCUGAAUGGAUUCGCCAUGUCGGCCGAGCCCACGGCAGCAGAGGGCUGCGUCGUGGUUGCGGCCUAUCAUGAAUUCGGAGGAUCCGGGUUGGUGUUCUGGAAGCUCGGAGGAACAGGGGAGCGUGAAACAGAGCUUCAGCAAAUUUGUACGUUUAUCCCCAUUGACUCCCUUGUGGAUCAUCCACAAACGUUUCUUCGCUGGGAUGCCACCCCAAUUGAGUUCUGGAGAGAUAAAGUUCACAUCUUUUGUGGAGAGGAUGGGGAUGGAAGGGUUCUGUCCUGUGAUCUUGCUGCCGCUGCUCAUCCCCUGUUUUCCUGGGCUUUCGUUCCAGAGGAUUUUACUCUGCCUUUCCAUGGCGCUGGCGGAUACUGUGUCCACUUCUUGGUGGCGAGUCCGGAGGGAGGAGAGUUGAUGCUCUUGAGUCGACACAAAGCUGCAUACACCGACGAGGAUCGUACCUGCCGGCUUUCUUUUUUCGUCCACAGGAUGAACGAAGAUGGGAAGAGAUGGGACGAAGCUAAGACGAUUGGUGAUUAUGCCAUUUUCAUGGUUCUGGAUAGCGCUUUCUUGGUGUCUGUCAAAGAUCAUCCGGAGUGUAGGAGGGAUUCCGUUUACUAUGAAGGAGGAAUAUAUGAUCUCAACGGCGAUCCAAUCCCUAUUGGUCCUUACGGUUCUAGUCCGCCCCAUUGCAGAGCAUUGCUCUUACCAUGUAACUAUUGAUUUGUGGGGGUCUAGAUGUAGAAUUUUUAAUUGGAUGUUUUCAAUUAGUAAAAGGUGUUGACUUUGCAUGAGUUAAAUCAUAUGUUCUUACUUCACUGUGCCAUUGCCAAAUACUUACAUUCGUUAAUGAAUCGGUUAUUCUUCCAAAUAGACGAAGCUUGCUAUUACAACAGAACUGACAACAAUCGAAACCCUUAAUUUGAAAAUUCAGGUCCUCAGAGUAUGAACAAAUGCAAUCAAACCAUUUUCGUUGGCUUUUCUUCCUGAUGAUUCUGCUCUGUUUCACCGCAUUGGGAGCUUCUACCACUAGGAAAAAAUAGCCAUCUUACCC